CCGCGUUUAGCACACUUCCGGGCGCGGCCGGAAGUGGUGGCUGCUAUGGUAACGGCGUCGCGUUAGCGGCCUGGCCUGGAGGAGGCGAGCUGGAAUGGAUGCGAGAGAACAGAGAGUCCAAACGUUUGUGCGGGUCAAACCGACAGCUGAUUUUGCCCAAGAUGUGAUCAAGUUCGGGGAAGGCAACAAGAGCAUAGAUAUAUACGUCAAAAAAGACGCCAAGAAAGGAAUUGUGAAUAACCGUCGCACGGACUGGUCCUUUCGGCUGGACGGUGUCCUUCACAACACCUCGCAGGAGGCGGCUUACGAGGCUGUGGCGAAGAAAUUGGUGUCCGAAGCUUUGAUUGGCUACAACGGCACAAUAAUGUGCUAUGGGCAAACGGGCGCUGGUAAAACUUACACCAUGACGGGAGAUACUGCGGAGUACAGGCAUCGAGGAAUUAUACCCCGGGCGAUACAGCAGGUCUUCAAAGCGGUUGCUCAUUCCGUCGACCCAGUCAUCAACGUCCAAAUAUCCUACCUUGAGAUCUACAACGAGACUUUGGUCGACCUUCUGUCCGCCGGGAGAAGCAAAGGGACCAGCGAGGUGCCAAUGGCCAUAGUGGAUUGUCCACAGGGUGUUUAUGUGAAGGGCUUAUCCAUACAUCCAGUUAGACACGAGGAAGAUGCUCUACAUCUCCUUUUUGAGGGUGAGACCAACAGAGUGAUAGCAGAGCACACACUGAAUAAAAACUCAUCCAGAUCCCACUGCAUCUUCACUAUUUAUAUUGAGUCUUGUUUCAGAGCUUUCUCAGACGUCAAAUACAUUCGUUCGAAAAUCAACUUAAUCGACCUGGCAGGUUCGGAGAAGCUGAGCAAGACUGGAUCUGAAGGACAGGUUCUCAAAGAAGCCACCUACAUCAACAAGUCUUUAUCCUUCCUUGAGCAAAUCAUCAUCGCUUUGGCUGAUCCUAAGAGGGAGCACAUCCCCUUCCGACAAAGCAAACUCACUCACGUCCUCAAGGACUCGCUAGGAGGAAACUGCAACACUGUCCUAGUGGCAAAUAUCCACGGAGAAGCUGUGCAUGUGGAAGAGACCUUGUCUUCUCUUCGUUUCGCUACCAGAAUGAAAUGUAUCACGACGGAGGCGGUCAUCAAUGAGACGUACGACCGAGAGUGGACAGUGAAGGCUUUGGAGAAGGAGAUUAUGCUUCUGAGGCAGGAACUGACCACGCGUCACAUCUCGGUAAAUCAAACGGUGACUUAUGAACCUCUGACCGACGCCGAGGUCGCAGAGAUAAAAUCUCAAGUCACUCAAUUCCUAAAAGGAGCCAUCAAUGAAAUCGAUAUACUGAGUGUCAGGCAAGUCCAGGAGGUGUUUAAGCAGUUCAAACUGAUCUUAAGCCAUCAGGAGCGUGAGGUGGAGGACAAAUUGCGAAGGAAGUACGCUCUGAUAGACAAAAGUGACUUUGCUGCCGUCGCUGCUGUUCAGAAGGCAGGUGUGGCUGAUGUUGAUGGUCAUUUCGUGUGGAAAGAGGAAGGACGGGAUGUUGGGACUAGAACUGCUCCUUUUUCAUCCAGACGUGGUGAGAAGAAGAUAUCCAGGAGAAGCGAUGAGCAGGUGUCCAAGAAGGAAGAAGUCAAGAGCUGUCCUAGUGUGACCGCUCUGGAUGCUUUAUUACCAUCAAAAAUCCCAGUAACGCCAUCCACUGAGGAUCUGGAGGUGAAAGAGGUCGUGAGUGACCAGGAUACAGCAACCACUGAUGCAGAGGUCUCAAAGGCAGUGCCCAUGGAGGAUUCCCACCGGCCCAGCUCCCCUCCACCCAAGCCAGUGGCCUUCGAGCAGUUUAAGAAGGAGAACGGAAGCGAGAUCAGCCGGAUCUUUAAAGAAAACAAAAGCAUCCUCCUCGACCGGAAGAAGAGGAGCAGUGCGGUAGCGCAGAGGAUCAACGUCAUCAAGCGUGAGAUGGAAGGCAUCAAAAAGGCUCUGGAGGAUCAGAAGCGGGAGCGGUGGCAGCACGGAGAGUACGUUGAUGAGAAAGGACAGAUUAUAAUUGAUGAGAAGGAGUUUCUACUCAUCGUGAAGUUGAAGGACCUGAAGGAGGAGUACAGAUCUGCCUAUGCUGAGCUGCAGGACCUGAAAGCAGAAGUCCAGUACUGCCAACGUCUGGUGGACCAGUGCCGGAACAAACUUAUCUCAGAGUUUGAGACCUGGUACAACGAAUCCUUUUUUAUUCCAAAGGAUGUUCAGAAAGCUCUGAAACCUGGUGGGAACAUCAGACCUGGAAGGAUUCCCAUCAACAGAGUCAUGUGCCUGAGUGGUUGACGUUGAAAUCCAACGUGCUGAGAUGCAGACACCAGUUAGCUGGAGGUCCAUCUUGCUUUCUCGUUCACUUUACCGUUAAAAGGCUAAAAUAGGAUGGCGUGGUUGAAGGAUUUGGUCAUCUGCUGUGAGUAACCAGGCAAAUUGCCCAGAGGUGGGAGGAGGAGCUGGAACGCUUCUCUCCAUUCCACAUCCGUAAUGUUUACAGCGUCGUUAUUGUGUUUCGUGUUGUAGGAGCUGAUGCCCAACCAGCUCUCUGGUUAGAAACCACCACUGUGGGGUGGCUGAGAUCUCUUGGCAUUCCUGAUGAAGCCACGUUAUAGAAUCAUAGAAUAAUUCGGGUUGGAAAGGACCUCAAAGAUCAUCCAGUUCCAACCCAUGGCCAUGGGCAGGGACACCUCCUGCUGGAUCAGGCUGCCCAAGGCCCAUCCAACGUGGCCUUCAACACCUCCAGGGUGUUGCAGAGGGAGGAACAUGAUCCCAUGAGUCGUUACGGCCCUGAGGAGACAUCUGAGGGGGCUUUACGCUUGCAGAUGGAUUGGUCCUGCCUAAAUCUGCUCCCCUAAGGCGUGGAAGUGAGGGGACUUCUCACUUCUGAGGCUUCCAAGAGGUUGUUGUAUGAACACUCAAACGGGAUCGGUUGACAUCU